CUCGAAUAAUGGAACAUCGCCAAGAAAAGUAUAAGGAACAAACAAAUGGCCGAUGUCGUUCUUCCUGUUGGCGCUUUAAGUAUUUUUAGUCUAACCGGCAUUUGAACUGGAAACCUUGUUCUUGGCGGCUGAUUUACAUUAACAAACUGGUAGUAGAACUUCUGUGAAAAAAUGGCUAAAGCAACAGCAACACAGAACAAAGAUCUUAAUCCUAAAACCCUAAGUACACCAAAAGAUGGAUUUAUACAGAAGAAAAAGAGUCAAAAAUUUAAACAAACCCCAAAAGGCAAAAUCUCCUUAAUUAAUGGAUCAAAAGCAUCAAAUAAUAAUAACAUGAAGCAGCAACAGUUACAAAAACAGAAAAAUUCCUCACCUGAAAAGUUUUCAGAGAAAAAUAAAGAAUUAAAAAAAGUUGAUUCACCUAAAACUGAUAAGAAACAAUCUUCUAAGAAAGAAUUAAGUAAAAAGGGUCUGAAUAAAUAUAAGACAAAUGAAUCUGAUUCUGACGAAGAUAUUAAUGAAGGAGUUGUAUUGGAAGAAGAAGAAUUAAUGGAAGAAACAGAUGAUACUGAUAGUGAAGAAGAGUCUGAUGAAGAUGGACAAGACAAAAAGGUACUUAAUGUCCUUGGCGCCAGUUUAGCAGAUGACACAGAGGAAGAUGAUGAGGAAUUCAAAAUUGAAGAUAAAAAAGGAAAGUCACAAGUAAAUAAAGGAGUAAAAAUGUUUAAGGGAGUAAAAUCCAGCAACAAAAGUUCAGACAAAUCAAGUACCGAAACUUCUCUAGUUGAUGAUGAAGAAGACGAUGAAAUAGAAGAUGAUGACAGUGAAGAUGUUGAAGAAGAAGAGGAUGAUGAUAAUGAAGAAGUUGGAGAUGAAGAAGAGGAAGAUGAUGACGAGGAGGAGGAAUCAGAGAAUGAAGGAGAAGAAUCUGUACUGGGUACAAAAGCACUACUAGAUCAAAGUCUUGCAGAUGAUGAUGAUGAUGAGGACUUUGUUGAGCCAGAAGGACACGAAGAAGAUGAUGAUAUUAGUGAUGAAGAUGAGGAAGAAGGUGAAGCAGACAACAGUACACUUGACAACUCGUAUCAAAGUAAUAGUAGUAAAGAUGCAAACUCCUCUUAUGAAAAGACAAAAGCAGAUAACAACACUAUUUUUGUUGGUAAUUUACCAAAAGAAGUAACAGACAAACAGUUGAAAAAGCUGUUUAAGAAAUUUGGAAAUAUUGAUGCCAUACGUAUAAGGGGUAUAGUACCAGAUUCUCCACAAAUACCUAAAAAAGUUGCUGCAAUCACUAAAAAAUUCCAUCCAAAAUUGCAAACAGUUUAUGCAUACGUGAGAUUUAUUUCUGAAGAAUCUGCUAAAGCAGCUUUGGCACUGAAUGGAACUCUAUUUGAAGGAAAUCAUCUAAGAGUAGACAUGGCUAAUAAGACAGAGAAAAAAUAUGAUGCGAAAAAGAGUGUAUUUUUAGGAAAUUUACCAUUUAAAAUUAAUCAUGAGACAGUGAGGAAGCACUUUGAAAGUUGUGGUGAGAUAGAGUCUGUACAUGUAGUCAGAGAUAAUGUAACUGGAAUAGGUAAAGGAAUUGGAUAUGUUAACUUCAAAACUGAAGAUGCUGUUGCAUUAGCUUUUGAACUUAAUGGUACAACGAUCUUAAAUCGAGAAGUUAUUGUAAAACCAUAUGUUGAGCACCAUCAGGGUGGUAAACACAGAAAAAGAUCGCAUUCUAAAGACAGUGAUAAACAGGGUUCUCCGCGUAAACAAUUCAAACAAAAUUCCGGAAAAUCAUCAUCGGCUCCUAAUAAGGAAAGUCCUAAGAAAGUGGGAAAGGAACAAAAAGUUGAAAAGAAACAGGCUAGUCCACAACAGAAAAGCAUGUUCCAAGGCCAGAAAGCUGAUAAAGAUAAGAAGAAGAAAGAAAGCAAAGUAGAUAAAAGGAAGCAAGUCUUGGCAAAAAAGCUCACAGCUAAAGCUAAAAAACCAUCAAACUGAAUGACAUAAAAAAUC